GCUGUUGAUGCGAAUAAAAGGACAUUUAAGACAUCUCAGGCCUACGACCUCCUCUAUCUCUCUCUCUAUCUCUGGUUUCCGCCAUUAAACGUCGACGAGCUAAAGUUUAGGAUAGAAGCCGGAGAAGAAACCCUAACACCCGAAGUAGUAAGGAUGGGUAGAGGGAAGAUCGUGAUCCGAAGGAUCGACAAUUCGACCAGCAGGCAAGUCACUUUCUCGAAGCGGAGGAACGGGUUGCUGAAGAAGGCCAGGGAGCUCGCGAUCCUGUGCGACGCGGAAGUAGGUUUGAUGAUCUUCUCCAGCACCGGAAAGCUCUAUGAUUUCGCAAGUACCAGCAUGAGAUCAAUAAUUGAACGAUAUAACAAAUUAAAGGAGGAGCAUCAACUGCUGAAUCCAACCUCAGAAGUCAAGUUCUGGCAAAGGGAGGCAGCAAACUUGAGGCAGCAGUUGCACAAGUUGCAAGAAAAUCACCGGCAACUGAUGGGAGAACAACUUUCUGGUUUGACUGUGAAAGAUCUACAACAUCUAGAGAACCAACUGGAAAUGAGUUUGCGUGGUGUCCGUAUGAGAAAGGACCAACUUUUAACUGAUGAAAUACAAGAACUGAACCGAAAGGGAAACCUCAUUCAUCAAGAAAACAUGGAACUUUACAAGAAGGUAAACCUCAUUCGUCAAGAAAACAUGGAAUUGUAUAAGAAGGUUUAUGGAACACGGGAUAUCAAUGGAGCAGACAAAAACACCAUUAUUCCAAGUGGUUUUAGAAUUGGAGAGGACUUACAUGUGCCCAUCCAUCUCCAGCUAAGCCAGCCACAGCAACAAAAUUACGGCACACCAGCAAGUCCUACAAAGUUGGGCAGCUUACAACUGCAAUAGGGAAGCAGAAUGGUGAACUGUGGAUGAAUAUUACAGGAAUCUCCAUCAACAGCAUGCCCCAUAGCUAUGAAGUCAUGCUUCUUCCAAAGAAAUGUGGUAUAUGAGCAAGAAAGUUUAUAUUUCCAUGGAAAGCAUUAGAGUUCUGUGAAACUUGACCAGCAAGCAAUCUAUGUAAACUUCCAUAACAAUAAAAGUUCUUUGUGUGCUUGGUGUUCUCAGUUA